AUGUGUUUAAUUCAGCACGGUGAGAGAAAAAGUUAUCUGGUACGACACUUUCUUUACCACACAAUAUUAAGCAAACAUGAACCAGCAAUACUCCAAAAUAGACCGCAACAGCAAAGGAAAAAAUUUGAAGGUCCCAAGAGAGAAGCCAUCCUAGAUCUAUCCAAGUACAAAGACUCCAAGAUACGUGUUAAACUAAUGGGUGGUAAACUAGUUAUAGGUGUCCUGAAAGGCUAUGAUCAAUUGAUGAAUUUGGUCCUAGACGAAACCGUAGAAUACAUGUCCAGUGCUGACGAUGAAAGCAACACCGAACUGGUGUCUAAAAAUGCGAGGAACCUAGGGUUGACUGUUAUAAGAGGUACCAUCCUCGUGUCUUUAAGCUCCGCCGAAGGCUCUGAUGUACUAUAUAUGCAAAACUAA